UCUAUGCUGGAUAUGUAUUCUUCUUUGGCUCUAAUUUAUUUGGAGAAACUCAGAAUUACGAAGCUCCAGGAUGCUGGUGUGACAGUGCCUAAAGAUGUGUUGGCAAGAACUGCACGCGCAGAAGCUUCACGAAAAUUCGACCCGGCACUGUGGCGCCUUGCUAUUGCAUAUGCUCAGAGCAAAUGCUUUAUCGAUGAGACUCAUGUUCUGGCAUUGGCACAAUGUGCUUGGUCACGUCACCUACAUAUCGACUACGUCGCGAGAUGUGGUUCUCGUGAAAAGUGUAAGGACGUGAUGAUUUUGCAGAUGUCAAAUUUCGACUCCGAAUUGAAUAUCGGUGGAGUUACACAUCAACAUCAUGAAGGAUUCAGUCUUAGUAUAUUUCGCAAACCGACAAUUGUGGUAGCUCAUCUAGCUUUCAAAAGCGCUGCGUUGGCAUACUAUUUCCUUGCCAACUGGUUGUCUUCAUCUUUUAUUGUACAGUUUCUUAUUAUUCUUACACUUUUAUCGAUGGAUUUCUGGACAGUGAAGAAUAUCACUGGCAGACUGCUAGUUGGAUUGCGAUGGUGGAACUUUGUGGAUGAAAAUGGUAACAAUCACUGGAAGUUUGAGAGUGCAAAGGUUAGAAGUUGGUUUCUCGUGUUAGACUGCAAGGAAGGUUAUAACGUGAUGCAUCAAAAUUAUGAAGUAGCAACCGUUUUGACGAGUUGGCAUUGCCUUUGGUCCUCAAUGGCUACCAAAUCGGCAGACUCACCUUAG